CUAAAGGCUAGCAUAGUGGCCUUUCUGGCGGCUUUACCUACCACACUCGCAUGUCUCGGAUAUGAGGGCGGUGUUCCCGUUGCCACAUCCACCAAGACAAAUAACAAGUACAUCGAGGUAAAGGCCGGUCAAGUCUACGACGGAGGUUGGGCUAGGUUUGAUCGUGGGUCUGGUGCUUGUACCGGUGGCGAAGGAGGCCAGGCUGAUGCUGUCUUUCUGCUUCGUCGAGGCGCCACUCUGAGAAAUGCCAUCAUUGGUAAGAAUCAGAAGGAGGGUGUUCAUUGUGACGGUCCUUGUGCACUUGAGUUUGUCUGGUUCGAAGAUGUCUGUGAAGAUGCCAUCUCGGUUAAGAACGACAGGGCUGGUGACCAUGCUUGGAUUGUUGGAGGCGAUGCUUACAAAGCUGGUGACAAGAUCGUCCAGCACAACGGUUGUGGCACCGUGAACAUCAUCAACUUCUACGCCAGGGAGUAUGGCAAGGUAUAUCGUUCUUGCGGUAACUGUAAGCGCAACGUCUACGUAGAGGGAGUUACGGCAUACAGUGGCGGUGAGAUUGUUAGUAUUAAUUCCAACUAUGGUGAUACUGCCACUCUCAGGAACGUAUGCACCGAUGCCAGGGUCAGGUGCCAGAUGUACAACGGAUGCGCGGGUGGCUGUGAGCCCAGCAAGUCCGGAGUCUGUUCCGGAUAA